AUGCCGCCUCCGACCAGCAAUCUGAGCUCUGGCGGCAGCGGGAGGCAGAGAGCCCCGGCCAAAGACAGAGUGGUCAUCGGGAGGAUCUUACACAUAGUUCGGGAGUAUCUUACACCAUCACAGACCAACAACACAGACAGUGUCUGUAGUCAGCUCGUCACCAAGCUUCAGGAACUUCAGAUCCAUUUCAGAAAACUCACAAGGUUCUCCAUCCUCAACUCCUGGGAAGCCGUUACCAUGGCAACGAACACCUCAUCUAAGUAUGACAACAUCCCCAACAAAGAUCUUAUCCACUCAGGAUCUCCUGCUCUGUAUCGGCUGAUACCAAAGAAAGAGAAGAUUGGAUCUCUGAGGAGAAUGACUCUUGGUGAAAAAAAUCCAAACAAGAUCAACAAAACCAUCUUACUUGUUGGUGAAACAGGAACAGGAAAAUCUACUCUGAUCAACGCUCUGGUCAACUACGCCAUGGGAGUGAAGUGGGAGGAUGAUGUCUGGUUUAAGAUCGUAGAAGACGAGAAGAGAAGUCAAUCAGAAAGUCAGACAUCGGAUGUGAUCGUGUACCAGAUCUUUGGUUUUGAAGAUAAAACUCUGCCCUACUCUCUGACCAUCAUCGAUACUCCUGGAUACGGAGACACCAGAGGGAUCGAACAUGAUGACAUCAUCAGUCAAAGAUUAUUAGACUUGUUCCACUCAGAAGAUGGAGUUCAUGAGAUUAAUGCAGUGGGUCUGGUGAUGAAAGGAAGUGAGAAUCGACUGACUGACCGACAGAGGUACAUCUUAGAUUCAGUGAUCUCUCUGUUUGGAAAAAACAUGGAGAAGAACAUUGUCACCCUCAUCACACACUCAGAUGGAAGAACACCUAAAAACAUUCUGGAAGCUCUCGAGGCUGUGGAGAUUAAAUGUGCCAUAAAUGAGAAGAAUCAACCUGUUCACUUCCUGUUUAAUAACCGCCAGCAUGAAGACAGGACAGAGGAUGAAGAAGUCCUCAAACAUGCAGAUAAAACAUCAAUGAAAGGAAUGAAUCAGUUCACAAACUUUCUGGUAAAAACUGCACCUCAGAGAUUGGAGAAAACCGUAAAUGUCUUGAACGGGCGAAUCAGACUGACAGCCUGCAUCAACAACCUGAAAGAGAGAAUUAAGUUCAUUGAUCAAAAGCAAACAGAGAUCCAACAGACUCAGGAUGGUCUGAAGAUGUAUGAAGGAGAGAUGAAGAACAAUGAGAAGUUCACUGUAGAAGGUGAUGAGGUCUACAAAGAUAAAGAACGUAUUGAUGGUGGGAGGUGGGGGUUGGUGUUCUAUGAAGCAGCAACCUGCUGUACUGUCUGUGAGGAGAACUGUCACUAUCCUGGAUGCACACUGGCCCAGAAACCAGAAAGCUGUGAGGUCAUGAAAAAUGGCCGCUGCACUUCAUGUACCAGGAAGUGUCCUGCAUCAGAUCAUGUGAAAGAAAACUAUAAGUAUGUGAACAAGACAAGAAAAGUAAAAAAAACUCUAGAAGAUGUGAAACAGAAGUAUGAAAAGAAUAAAGAAGAGACUGCAAAGAAAGAGAGACUUUUGGAAAGUCUUCAGAAACAGAAGGAAACCCUUGAAGCAGAUAAAACAUCUUUGCUGGAUGAAGCCUACCAUCAUGUUGUCAAACUGGAGGAGAAUGCCCUAAAUGUGGUUUCAAUGUCUACUAAUGUCCACCUGGACUUCCUGAUUAAGGAGAUGGAGAAGAAACAUGACACAGAGAAGGUCAACCAUCUAAAACAAAUGAAAAGUCGAAAAGAUGAAGGACUUCUGGCAGGGCUGCGGCAUGUAUAG